CUAAACAUGGGGGUGGAUAUAUUUCUAUAAAAGUGUCCCCCCCGGAAUGGAUGUUUCAACGAAUUUAAAGUCUCUUCUUCUGGCUAUUCGUCAGUACAAAAACAACAAGGCCACACAGAAUUCAAUACAGCUACAAAAACAAAUUGAAGAUGUAUCAGGCCUGAAGUGCUCCAGGAUCUUGACCUCAGGCCAGGUUCUUCCCAGCGAAUGUCUAAAUGGCCUGCUGGAAGUAGCCGCGGAUCCCAACACCAGUCCUGCUCUUACAGGGAGCAUCCUGGCACUGCUCAGCCAGCUUGCAUCUGACGAUGAGAGCAAAGACGCCCUUCACAGCAGUUACAACAUUGUAAGCACACUGGCUGCCAUCAUUCAUUGUAACAGAUCUACCCCAGAGGAGCCAGUUGUUCUACAGUGUCUUCAGGUCCUACAGAGACUCACUUACAACGUGAGAAUGCUGCAUUGUGCCUCGCAUAUAGAUGACCUCCUCAGUUUCCUCAUGCUGAAUAUCCAGUCUAAUAACGAUGACAUAACGAAGCAGUGUUUGGGUCUGAUGGCCAAUCUGUGUCGACACAACCCGUCCGUGCAGGCUCAGAUCAAAUCUCAGAGUAACGUCAAGGCUUUCUACAGGGCGCUAAUUCAUUUCCUCGGUCAUAACUGCCUGACUGUGGUCGUCUUCGCUUUAUCUAUUCUAUCUAGUCUCACCCUCAAUGAGGAAGUGGGUCAGAAGCUCUUCAAUGCAAAAAACAUCCAUCAGACUUUUCAGCUCAUCUUCAAUAUUACGGUAAACGGGGACGGCACCCUGACGCGGAAUUACGCCGUCGACUUGCUGGUGGAUCUCCUUAAAAAUGCCAAGAUCGCAGAUUACCUCACGAACUAUAAGCACCUUCCAGUCUGCUUGAACGAAGUGGUCGGCCUGCUCCACGGCAAAGACACCGAUACAGCCGUCAAGGUUCUGGAGCUGCUCGUGUCUCUGUGUUCGGUACCAGCCUUGCGCAGGCUCAUCUGCGAGACGGUGUUGCGCCCCGCAGCCCCUCGCCUACAGCCCGGCACCAGGAACGCUGCCCAUACCAGGGGGGCAGAGCCCUGUUUGGCACUGCUCCAGUGGGCAACAAGGCCCCUAAAUGGACCAGAGCAGUGCUGCCUGCUGGCCCUGGCACUAUUUACUGAACUUUUUGAGGAGGUGAUCGAUUCAUCACUCUCAGGGUCGUCUCACUCGUUUUUGGAGCUUCUGCUGCCAGCCCUGCAAGGAUUGUUGCAGGCUCCCGACCCCAGCGAAGGAGAGGAGCAGCUAAGGAAGCACUGUACAAGAGCGGGGCGUGUCCUCGACCUCCUGCUGGUCUUAUGUAGAGAAGAAUAUUUUAGGGUCCUGGUGUCGAAGCACGUGAGCUCGGAGCUGUGCAUGUCGCUGGUGGAGCUCCUGCUCUCCAACAGUCAGGACUACAUAAGCUCUAUCUGCUCUGGCUCAGGCUCUCAGCUCAGCCAGAUGUGCUCUGAGACUGUCCUGAAGACCCUGGAGCUGAUGAGCCAGCUGAAGCAGCACACAGCCGACAUGGAGACGUGCUUCUACCGAAUGCUGCAGGACCAACGUGUGGUCACGCCCCUCUCUCUGGCUCUCACAUCUAAUCACAGAGAGCGCGUCCACGCCGCGCUGCGCGUCCUCUUCGAAGCUGCCCCGCUGCCCGAUUUCCCUGCCGUCAUUCUAGGUGAAAGCAUCGCCGCUAAUAACGCGUACCGCCAGCGCGAUGCCGAGCUGACGGUCAGAGGUGGCGGCGUCCAGGAGGACGGACUUCCCGCAGGAAAGACCUUUUCCCUGUCCGCCCCGGCUCCAGCCAGCCCCACCCGUCAGAGCAUCGACAGCCUCAUCGAGAAGCUGCAGAGUGGCAUUCAGUUACAGGAGCAAAUGAAAGACGUGCACAUGUCCGAGAUCAUCGACGUAUACGAACAGAAGCUCUCCGCUCUCGCCUCUAAGGAGGGUCGUCUGCAGGACCUGCUGGAGGCCAAAGCUCUAGCUCUGUCCCAGGCUGACCGGCUCAUCGCUCAGUACCGGUGUCAGCGAGCCCAAGCCGAAGCCGAGGCACGAAAGCUUGCCUCUCUGCUCAAGGAAACCGAGAGGAUGAAGGAAGAGCUCCAGGCCGAGCUGAACGAUCAGAUGCUGGAGGUGGACAGGUUGAAGACGGACAGCCAGCAGCUGCUGCAGCACAACGGGCGUCUGCAGGCCGUGUCUGACGAGCACCAGAACCUGAAGAGCACCUACAAUCAGCUGCUUAGCAGGUACAACAAGAGUGAAGGGACGCUGAAAGAGCUCCAAGCCGCCCACACCUCCCUCACCCAACAGGCAGAAGGACUGAUAAAAAGCAACGAGGCGCUCAAACUGCAGCAGGGCAGACUGUCGUCAGAGCUGCUCCAGAAAGAGGAGAAAAUCCAAAUCAUGGAAGCAACCGUCCAGGAAAAGCAUGAAACUAUAGCUGACCUGCAGGCUGAGAUGAGGACACAGAAGGAGGAGGCCAGUGAGAUGGAAGAAAGCAUCAACAGCCUGAGAAAGGAGCUUGCAAAGACUGAGCAGGCCAGGAAGGAUGCCAGCAUCAGGGCUUCAUCUCUGGAGCUGCAGAGAUCUCAGCUGGAUGCCAGACUGCAGAAGCGCGAGGAGGAGCUGAGCAAGCACACGCAGAUGAUCGCCAUGAUCCACAGCCUCAGCAGCGGCAAGCUGAAGAACGACGCCACGGCCAACCUGUCGCUCUGAUGCGUGCGCAUGUAUAGACAUACACACAAGCACGCGCCUAAAUAUGAUUUUUAUCUAGAUAUGCAAUAUGAAAUAUGAAAUGCAUUUUUACAUUUUAACUCAUCCGGAUAACUUAUUACCUUUUGUGUGUCGUUUCUACGUGUCAGUCUCACAUAUCAAAUCUAAAUAAAUAAAUGAACAAG